GGCGGCAGCGGCGAAGGCUCUGCGUCCUUUGCAAGCUCCCGAAGCUGAGUGCGCAUCCUCCACUGUCCCCAACCUUCCUCUGUCUUUUCAAACUCUUCAUGCUGCCCAACUGAAAGGAAAAACAUGGGCACGGGGGAUUUUAUCUGCAUUUCCAUGACUGGAGGGGCGCCCUGGGGGUUCAGGCUGCAAGGUGGCAAGGAGCAGAAGCAGCCCUUACAAGUUGCAAAGAUUCGAAGCCAGAGCAAGGCCUCUGGGUCUGGGCUUUGUGAAGGGGAUGAAGUGGUCUCAAUCAAUGGCAACCCUUGUGCAGACCUCACCUACCCAGAAGUCAUCAAGCUCAUGGAAAGCAUAACAGACUCUCUCCAAAUGUUCAUCAAAAGACCAUCCAGUGAAAUAAGUGAAGCUUUGAUCUCUGAAACUGAAAACGAAAACCAUGAGCAGCAUCUCACACAUGAGGGGUACGUGGAAAGUACCACCCUGCAGAUUCGGCCAGCCACCAAGACCCAGUACAGAGAGUUCUUCAUCGCCCCACUCACGAGUGGAGUUCCCCUAGCCGAGGACCAAAGAAGUGGUCCCAGUUGUUCAGAGGGUGUAAAAGAAGAAACAGGCCUGAGCUACCAAAGGGCCCCUCAAAUGCCUGACUCCCAGAAAGAACGCUUGGCAGAACAGGUCAUCUUAAGGGAGAAGGCAGAAGUGGGACGGCCAGGCCCUGUGGUUGAGCUACAGCUGUCCCUCUCACAGGAGAGACACAAGAGCACUAGUGGCCCUGUAGUGGCUCUCCUAGGAGCUGAAAAAUCUAAGUCUCCUGGCCCAGAUUCUAACUUACAACAUGAUGGGAUUGUCUACCUAAAUUCAGUCCCUACUAGCGAGAAAGCAGACCCUUCUCUGAGGUCCAGCAAGACAAUCCAGAUCUCCAGUGGCCGAGAGCUGAGAGUGAUCCAGGGAAGUGAAGCAGGAGACACGGGGCUGCCCCGGGUGGAAGUGAUCCUCGACUGCUCUGACAGGCAGAAGACAGAAGGGUGCAGGCUUCAGGCAGGAAAGGGGUGUGUGGAUUCUCCAGUGGAAGGAGGGCAGUCAGAAGCACCUCCUUCUCUGGUUUCCUUUGCCGUCUCAUCAGAAGGCACAGAGCAGGGAGAAGAUCCACGCUCGGAAAAGGAUCACAGCAGACCUCACAAGCACAGAGCACGGCACGCACGGCUCAGGAGGAGCGAAAGCCUAUCAGAAAAGCAGGUGAAAGAAGCAAAAUCUAAAUGCAAAAGCAUUGCCCUUCUUCUGACAGAUGCGCCCAACCCCAACUCCAAGGGGGUGUUGAUGUUUAAGAAGCGACGUCGGAGGGCCAGGAAAUACACCCUAGUCAGUUACGGUACUGGAGAGCUUGAGAGAGAGGCAGAGGAGGAGGAAGACGGUGACAAAGAGGACACGUGUGAAGUUGCAUUUCUUGGCACGAGUGAAUCAGAGGUGGAUGAAGAGUUAUUGUCUGACAUUGACAACGACACACAAGUUGUGAACUUUGAUUGGGAUUCAGGACUGGUGGACAUUGAAAAGAAAUUGAACAGAGAGGACAAGAUGGAAUUGUUGCCAGACACCACAGGCAAGGGAGCCCUCAUGUUUGCCAAGAGGAGGGAGAGAAUGGAUCAGAUCACAGCCCAAAAAGAAGAGGAGAGAGUGGGUGGAAUGCCAGGCAGAGAACCAGAUGCUGCCCAGACAGAUGGCCUGAGAACCAUGACUUCUUACCAAAGGAAGGAAGAAGAAUCGGUGAGACUGCAAAGCUCUGUGAGCAAAAGCUACAUUGAGGUGAGCCAUGGUCUUGGCCAUGUACCCCAACAGAAUGGCUUCAGUGGGGUGUCUGAGACAGCAGAGGCCCAGAGGAUGAUCCCUAUGAAUAGAACGGCCAAACCCUUCCCAGGGUCUGUGAACCAGCCAGCAACCCCCUUUUCCCCAACCCGAAACGUGACAAGUCCCAUCGCUGACUUUCCUGCUCCUCCACCUUAUUCUGCAGUCACUCCUCCACCUGAAGCCUUCUCCAGAGGCAUAUCAAGUCCGAUCACUGGCCCAGCACAGCCUCCUCCAUGGCCGCAGCCUGCCCCCUGGUCCCAGCCAGCCUUUUACGAUACAUCUGAGCGCAUAGCUUCCCGGGAUGAGAGGAUCUCAGUGCCAGCAAAAAGAACAGGGAUAUUGCAGGAGGCCAAAAGGAGAAGUACAACAAAACCCAUGUUUACUUUCAAAGAGCCCAAAGUAAGUCCAAAUCCUGAACUCUUGUCACUUCUUCAAAAUUCAGAAGGCAAACGGGGCACUGGAGCUGGAGGUGAUUCUGGACCUGAAGAAGACUACCUCAGCUUAGGAGCAGAGGCUUGCAAUUUCAUGCAAAGCUCCUCUGCUAAACAAAAGACCCCACCUCCUGUUGCUCCAAAACCUGCAGUCAAGUCCUCAUCCUCCCAACCAGUAACUCCAGUUUCUCCAGUGUGGUCUCCAGGAGUGGCUCCAACCCAACCUCCUGCCUUCCCCACCUCAAACCCAUCACAAGGCACCGUUGUUUCCUCCAUCAAAUUAGCCCAGCCUUCUUACCGUCCUUCCCGGCCGGCGAGUGCUCUGAACCUGGCUGGUCCCUUCAAAGGACCACAAGCAGCUGUAGCCAGUCAGAAUUACACACCUAAGCCAACAGCUCCCACACCAACAGUAAAUGCUGCUCACACUGGUGGAAUGAGACCAUCCAACGAGCUUCCAGGAAUGAGUGGGAAGGGAGCCCAGCUCUUCGCUAAGAGGCAGUCGAGAAUGGAGAAGUAUGUGGUAGAUUCAGACACAGUGCAGGCCCAUGCUGCUCGAGCUCAGUCUCCCACCCCAUCUCUGCCAGCCAGUUGGAAGUACUCCUCCAAUGUCCGAGCACCUCCUCCUCUGGCUUACAAUCCGAUCCACUCCCCCUCCUACCCACUGGCUGCUGUCAAGUCUCAGCCAUCAGCCCCACAGGCCUCCAGAAUGAGCAAGAAAAAGGGCAAGAAGCCCCUCAAUGCUUUGGAUGUCAUGAAGCACCAACCAUAUCAGCUCAAUGCAUCCUUGUUUACUUUCCAGCCUCCAGAUGCAAAGGAUGGACUCCUGCAAAAGUCAUCAGUCAAGGUCAAUGUACCCCCAGCCAUGAAGCAAGCUCUCCCUCCCCGGCCAGUGAAUGCUGGCUCACCCACAAAUGUGCAGGCUUCAUCGGUGUACUCAGUACCAGCCUAUACCUCUCAGCCUUCCUUCUUUGCAGAGGUCACCUCACCAGUCAGUGCAUCCGCUGUGCCUGUGGGUGUUCCAACUUCUCCAAAGCAAGAAUCAGCCUCAACAUCUUAUUUUGUGGCGCCGAGGCCGAAGUUCUCAGCCAAGAAAAGUGGUGUCACGAUUCAGGAGAGUGGGCGCUCCCUUUCUCUUCCGGGAAGCUUAGUCGCACCCACCAUUUCUACAGCUCCUUGGGUAUACCAGCCUGCCUACAGUUACUCUAGCAAACCAACUGAUGGGCUGGAGAAAGCAAACAAGAAACCAACUCCUUGGGAAGCAGCAGCAAAGUCUCCUCUUGGUCUAGUGGAUGAUGCCUUCAGACCCAGAAACAUCCAGGAGUCCAUUGUGGCAAGUGUGGUCUCAGCAGCUCGGAGGAAGGUGCUUCCGGGGCCCCCAGAGGAUUGGAAUGAGAGACUAUCCUAUGUUCCUCCAACCCAGAAGGCCAACAUGGGCUCAUGUGGAAGACAAGAGUAUAAUAUCACAUCACUACCAAAUAGUAGUAUGCCCCUCAGCUCCCAGUAUGGUUCACUGUUGCCAUAUGAAUAUUACAGGCAGGUUUCCAGAAAUGAUUCUGAAAUAAUGUCCAUGGAGUCCAAGUCUGAUUACUAUCUUCCAGUGGCCGAUUGCAACUAUAACCCACACCCAAGGGGAUGGAGACGCCAAACCUGAAAAUUAGAAAAACCGAUUGUGUGCCAACUAUAAUUUUUUUGGUAAAUGCUCCUUUGUAGGGUUUUUGACUUUUCUAAUAGAUUUAGAUUCACUUUUGGUCUUGACUUGUUAUCAAAGGUCAUUUAUCCGAGUUUAUGUGUGGAUGCAUGUAUAUGUGUAGGUGAGUUUGAAUCAUUUCCUUGUCUGCUGAUGCAUAGAGGAUUUCUUUGAAGAAAAAAUUCAUUUUCUGCAUUAAUGUGCUGGCACUUAUAUGUAAUUCAUAAUCAUGAUUCCAUUUAUAUAGGGUAGUCUAUGCAACUAAAUUCUGCUCAAUUUAAAUGAAACUAAGUAUUUUUCUCUAUGUGCCUUAGUCCAGGAAGGAAUUAAUGGAAUAUGGUGAAUACUAAUUAAUAUUCUGUAGUUGCAAGGAAUAUAACAUUGGAGAAAUUUUCAAUGGAAGCAUGCCAGUGAGUAAUGAUUAUGCAAAAAAAGGAUUUAUUUACUUGGUGUUAUUUCAAGUAUUUCUCUGAAACAUUUUUUAAAAAUGUAAUAAAAUUCAGUUUGUUCAAUUGUAAAAAUAAUUGAAAUAUAGGAGGUCUCAGAAAGAAGGAACUAUAUCAGAGUAAGAUUACUAUACAUUUCAGAAAGACUUUCAAAGUAAAUAGUGUAAUGUGUGGGUAAUAGAAAGAUUUAGGUACAGAAUUUAUUUCUAAUCUAUUUAAAGACAGCAGCCUGAGACAAGAAUAGAUUUUGGGUUCAAGUGUCUUUAUUUGUCAAAUGAGAAGAUCGGAUUAUCUAAUCUCCUAGAUCCUUAACAACUCUGAUAUUCUGAGAUUCUCUCAUUAGUAGAAUCACCUUUGAUGCAUUCUUCAUUUUUGUUGCUCAUCAUAUAAAUAUCAGAUUAAGUUUAGGAGUGGAUUAGGUAAUUAAUGUCACUACAUGUAUUAAUAAAGGUCCCAAAAGGAAUUGUUGGGCGGCAGGUUUUGUGUUAUGUGUUACUUGGAAUGAGGGUUGAUGUGAAAAAUAAAACUAUUAAUGGAUUUAAGGAAGUGGUAGAUGAAUAUGUCUGUUAUUAUGCAACUGUAGGUCAUGACCAUUUAUUUGGUUAUUGGUCAUAUGCCACAGAAGCUCAUGCAACAAGUGGUGCUUCUUUAGAAAGUUCGCCAUUAGGACGUUCAAAAGAAGUUAAACAGCUGCUUCAUCAAUCCUAAAACCCAUGCCUCGAUAGCAUGACCACAAAUCAAUCAAAUCAAACACCUGCUCCUUACUGCCAUACCCACAAGCAAAUCCAAAGUAUUUUACAUCAUAAGCAAGUAUUGAGAAUAUUUUUAAAUUAGAAAAAUCUUGGGUAUUUAAAACUUACUUAGGUUCUGUACACUUGAUCUUAGCCAAAAGGCCGAGAAAUAAUUACUUAGGUUUUUUAAUGUAUGUUUUGCUUUGUUUUACUUUUUAACUCUUGAACUUAUCCUUACAAUAGUCUCAUCGUUAUGAUGGGCUCUUCUACAGAAUAAUACUUUAAGAAAAAUGCCAGGGUACAAGUGAUCUCUUAUCCUGGAAGUGAAAAAAUAAAAGAGUUGAAAAAAAUCACAGUAAGUUCUAUUAGUGAUGGAACCAGCCAGAUACUAAUUUUUACAGUUAUGGAGAACAGAUGAAUACUUUCUGAAGUUAUAUUAAAUUGAUAUAAGGUUAAUUCUCUCAAAGUAUAAGAUAUAAUUAUUGACUCAAGAGCUUCUAUGGAAUCUUAAAAAAAAAUGUCUGGUAUAUGAAUUAGUCUGUCAGCAAAUUCUCAGGAAUCCUCCACAUGAAAUCCUGACUUGGUUCAAAUUUUAUUAUAGUCAUUGAACCAUUCUAGAUUUGAAUAUUUUAAGAUAAGGAAAAUUUAGCAGAAAAGACUUUGCUGGGGCCAUAUUCUAUUUUGUUGCUUUCUUUUAUAAGUGCUAGGAGUUAUUUUUGUCAGUUGAUAAGUAUUAUAUUAUUCACUAAAACUUUCACUAGAUUCAAAAUAGAGAGAAGAAGACAUUUUAAACUUAAAUAUUAUUAUUUAAGUUUAAUGCCUGCUUCUUUGCAUGUACAAGAUGAAAUUUAUCAUCUGUAUUAAGCUAUAUGAAUUUAUUCUAGACAUCAACAAAAAGACAAUACAUGGCAAAAAGUUGUACAUUUUUCACUCACAAGGAAAUGAUCAUCCCAUAUUUUAUUAGAAAUCAGUGCUUUGAGAAGUCAUUCUUAAAAGUGCUAUUGCCAAGUCACCACAAUGUGUACUGUGGGUAUUUUUCUCUAGUCUACUUGAAAAUAGGGCUGGCUGGUUAGCUUGGUGGGUUAGAGCACAGUAUUGUAGCACCCAGGUCAAGGGUUUGGAUCCCUGUACAGGCCAGCCACUAAAAAACUGAAUAAAGUUAGAUUGGUCACAUUCAAGCUAAGACUUGUGACAGGAUACUUGCCAUACUGAGAUCUGAUUCCUGUGAGUAAGGCGAUCUAGGUAACUAUUGUUCUCACAAAAGUACAAUGAGUUGGUUUCAUCUUCCAAAUAAUAGUGUUUGUAGAGAAGAGCUGUUGCUUUGUAAAUACAUACCACAUUUGUUGUAAGGCUUUUUUCAAUUAGUAGCAAUCACAUAGGUAGAAAGAGUUCAUGUUUUACUGUGAAUUAAAAAGCCUUCUCUAAAAGUACAGUUUGCCAGUUAUAGGGACACUAAUUUGGCACUUUUACUCCAUCUCGAGUUUAAAUAUCGUAUCAUUGCAUGUGUGUGAAGUGUCUGUUAUUAGAAUGAUUUAAAACUUGUCAUGUAUUUUGAGUUUUAUAUAAAUGCACAGAUUCUAGUCCAUUUAGCUCUGAAUAUGGCUUUUAUGUUUUGGCAUCAUCGCACACAUUGCAAAGGGCCACCCUAUUAGAGCUUAUGCAUACAUAUGUAUUAAUGACUUGAAAUUUAGGAUUAAAAAUGAUAUCAGAUUGGCUUACUUAUUAUAAUUAGAGAGAAAUUGCAGAAAUGGUUGCUUUUUAAGAGAAACUAGAUUUUCACGUUUGAUUUCUAUUCAAAGUAGAAGCAUCUACACUGUCCACAGUUUUCUAUUUAAAAAAGACUAUGUUCUCCUGCUAAUUAGAUUCACAUUUUCACCUCUGUUUAUCUCAAAAGACUGUAUUUGAAAGAUGCAUACUGAAAAUCAAAAUUAUAUUAGUAAUAAACAUAACUUGAAAAUCAAGUUAAGGAGCCUUUUCAUUUUUCCUUACAGACGAUUACUUUGAAUUAUUCUUUAUCCCAAAGAAGAUUUACUCUUAUCUACUACAUAUUUCUAAAUUUUAUUUUCCCUAAUAGCUUUCAGACACAUCAAAAGAAUUUCAUGCUAAAUGGCAACAUUUUAACUGUAACAUUUAAAACCUUUAAAAAAGAAAACUUACCUGAAAACAUGAUUAAUUUCAGGUAAGUUUUUGAAAUACGUUAAAAAGUUUAGGAUCCAAAUAUAUUUUAAUAUUAUUCUUAACUAAUUCUGUCCUUUAUAGUAUGCUGAAAAUCAGUCCUAAGCACAAGCACAGCCAACAAUCAUAUGACUUGAGAGCAUGUUGGUUGAAUUUCUAAAACUACUCUGGGUACUCACUCUAAUCUGCCUUGUUUGUCAUUCCGGUGCUUCCAAUUAUUUGUCCUUUUUAAGCCAGACCAAGACUAACCUCUGCUAAACUGAAUCCCUCAUUAUGAUAAGGCAUAUCUAAGUAAAACUUUAAAAAAUUACUUUGGUUCUUUCUAUAUGAUAUUAAAGCUAUCAGCUCAAAUAUGAGUUUCCCGGUCAACUGUAUCAUAUAGCACAACUUUUUACUUUUUUGGAUAAAUUCUAAGUAAAAUGGCUGUUUUUGGCAUUCUGAUAAAAAAAAAAAAUGUUUUUAAAGGGCCAGCAAUUGAAAACACACUUCAAGAAGAAGAAUGUUUUAAAGAUUUAAAUGACUUAAGAGACAGUAGUACUAGAUUGUUUUAAGACACUAACGCUAUAUUAAAAGCCCCUUUUCUCUGAGGAAUUCCUAAUGCUAGUAAACCAUAAAUUUCAAAACGUACUAAAAAGUAGGUAGUGUCAUCUCAACAGGGAGCAAACAGGCAGCCUAAGGCCAGGACAGUCCAAUUUCCUGGCUCAUCUCCCAGGAAGACAGCAACAGAAAUGAAUGCCUCAAGACCAGCCCGUGUUUCCCUACUUUGCAUAAUAACAGAAGCAUUUAGUACAAAGUGCUCCCUUCUCAGCAAUUUUAGAAAGUUGCAAGAUCUUUGACUUCUCAAAUUUAAUAAAGCAGUAUUUUUCACAAAGGGGCAUUUCAUUAUGUAUAGCUUUAUAAAACAUGACAGUUUAUAUUUCUAGAAAGGAUCUGGCUAUCCCCUCUCCCGUAUAAAAAUCAAGUAGUUUUAUGAAGGGCACUUAAAAAAGAAAUGUCUCCGGUGUAUCUUGCUCUGAUAUUUUCUUUGCUCUCUCUAAAAGGGAAGAUUUGCUCUAUUGUACCUUUCUUCUCCUUGAUUUUCCUGUUACUUUCCUUCACAAACUUUCCUUCAUGACCACCUACCCUCAAGGGAGAAAGCUUCGCUCACCUCCUCAGCUUUUCAGGAUUUAUAGUUUUAACCUGAGGGUCUAAAAAGGCAGGAUUGCCUCCCGUGAUGAUUUGAUUAAGUGUGAGGUUUGCCAUAAAUUACUGAAUAAAUUAUAGUAGGUGUUAUGUAGGCAAAGGCUCAAUCUUACUUAAGCCCAAACUCCCCCCUGAAGAGGCUUGUCUAUUUUACUAUGAACAUACAGAAGUAGAGAUAGAAUCUCCUAGUUAGGCUUUCUUCAGCAUCACCUUUUCUAGAAAAAAAUUAUUCAGACAGUUGAGCUAUAAGUGUAUUCUUCAGGGAUAUUUCUUCAACACAGGUAUAGUGCAUGUGUUGGAAAGUAAAGUGCCAUGCUUUGUACCACCUCUGCUCCACUUGGAUGGAGCAACCACUCUUGUAGCAAUAUAGAAAACCAAGACACAGUAGUCUGAAGAAGCUUUGCAGCACCCAAGGCUUGUCCCUGACCUGUCAGGACUAGCCUCAUUUCAAGAGGUUGGCUUGGUAGUUUUUCUUGUUGAUCUACAUGUCAUUCAUACCACAGCUUUCUGCCAGACUAGUACAUAGGACAGAGAAGGAUAACAGUUAAAAAAUAAAUAAUAAAGGGGGGUAUGUAUUUUCCCAUAACUUGUUAUUAUCUGGUGUUGUCUAUUUACACUAACUAUGACUAUAAAUAGUAGUAAUACAAAAUGCCUAUGAUUUAUUGAAGUUGAUACUUAGUAGAGAGCUGAGAAGAGAAAAAAAGAACCCUGAUUUUGUGAUAAAUCAGCCAACAUUCAAUGCACAGCUAAGCCAAACCUCAUGUUCAGCAUGAAAUUGAUAAAGCAAAUAACCAAAAAAGGGGGCAGAGGUUUCAUGUCCUACAGUGUUUUCUGUUGGUGGUAUCUGAAAAUCUUGUAUUUCUAAUAGAGACUCGACUGGUUCUUCCAGAAUGUAUUUGAAUAAGCAAUGUAUCUGAAUGUCUUGUUUUGCAUUAAAAAAGAAGACAUUGAGAAAUAAAUAAGAAUGAACUGUUCAAGGCCAUUAAAAUGCUAUCAUGUAGGGAAAAAAUGAGAGGUAUGAACAAAUUGUAUAGGUAUUUUUCCUGAGGGAGUUGCAAACAAAGAAUAUAUUUAGCUUUCACUUUUUACAGUAGGAAUAAAUAUUUUUUUCUCAAAAA